UUCACAGACGCUACUCACUCACCCGUGCGCCGGCCCGCGGAUCCCUCCGUCGCCGUCCGUGCCAUGAAUAGGGGGAUACCAUCCUCCUCCUCCCACCUCCGCCGUCUCUCUCUCUUCUACUUUCUGUCUCUAGUUUCAUUCUAUCUUUCUCUCCCCGCUGCUGCCCUCGCCGCCACAGAUCAGCUGAAGCAGCUUGAAGACACCACCGUGGGUUUUGUUGAUAACACCACUGUGAUUUCCAGUAAUGAUUCUUCUACUACGGAUAGAGACAGGAGCUUUGCCGGCAUGAUCGAUCGUGCUCUGGAGAAAGAGUUCACUGAGAGCGAUCAGAACGAAGAAAAUGAUGCGGGCAGCUUCAAUAACAGUGUUGCUGGGCAACAGGCUGUAUUGGAAACUGUAGCUAGAGUUAAGUCCAAGAAAAAUGACACAAAGGACGAUAAGUCUUUUCAACUUCAUCAUGUUUUCAAUAUGGACAAUGACAACGGAGCAGAAGAGACACCAACAUUAAUCGACAGAAAGGAUAAUGUCUUUAUAAUAUCCAACUUCAAAUCAAAAUAUCCGGUGCUACAGUUAGACUUGAGGUUAAUCUCCGAUCUUGUAGUUGUCAUUGUAUCUGCCACUUGUGGAGGCAUUGCCUUCGCUUGUGCAGGACAGCCCGUCAUUACUGGAUAUUUGCUGGCAGGAUCUCUUGUUGGGCCUGGUGGGUUGGAUGUGGUCAGUGAAUUGGUUCAAGUAGAGACAGUAGCACAAUUUGGUGUAAUUUUUCUUCUUUUUGCUUUGGGGUUGGAGUUCUCCAUGGCAAAGCUUAAAGUUGUUAGAGCUGUUGCUGUUCUGGGAGGACUGCUACAGAGUUUCCUAUUUAUGUGCAUGUGUGGCAUUACGGCCUCCUUAUGUGGUGGUAAACCUUCUGAGGGGGUUUUUGUUGGGGUGCUUCUCUCAAUGUCAUCUACAGCAGUGGUCCUGAAAUUUUUGAUGGAAAAGAAUAGUGUUAAUGCCCUUCAUGGACAAGUUACUAUUGGAACCCUUAUCUUACAGGAUUGUGCGGUGGGUUUAUUGUUUGCUCUUCUUCCGGUCCUUGGUGGAACUUCAGGUGUUUUACAAGGACUAAUAUCCAUGACUAAAUCGCUGGUGGCGUUGGUUGCAUUUUUGGCAGUUUUAUCAGUAUUAUCCCGGACUUGCUUGCCUUGGUUUCUGAAACUGAUGAUAAGCCUCUCCUCGCAGACCAAUGAACUGUAUCAGUUGGCAUCUGUUGCAUUUUGCCUGCUGGUAGCCUGGUCUAGCGAUAAGCUCGGUCUAAGUUUAGAAUUGGGUUCGUUUGCUGCUGGAGUUAUGAUAUCAACGACUGAUCUUGCGCAACAUACACUUGAACAAGUUGAACCCAUACGGAAUUUCUUUGCUGCUCUCUUUCUUGCUAGCAUCGGCAUGCUGAUUCAUGUUCAUUUCCUGUGGAACCACAUUGAUAUUUUGCUGGCAUCAGUUUUGCUAGUGGUUAUUGCCAAGACAAUUGUAAUCUCCAUUGUUGUCAAGGGUUUUGGCUACAACAACAAGACUUCAGUUCUUGUUGGGAUGUCUUUAGCACAAAUAGGAGAGUUUGCUUUUGUCCUUCUCAGCCGUGCUUCUAAUCUUCAUCUCGUUGAGGGGAAGCUGUACAUGCUGCUGCUUGGAACAACCGCUCUUAGUCUGGUGACGACUCCAUUACUCUUCAAGAUAAUACCAGCUGUGGUGCAUCUUGGAGUUCUAUUACGGUGGUUCACCCCAGACAGUCAGAGUGAGAUGGGAUUCAAAGUAGAUGCCUUACGAUCUGAUAGUGCCAAACAACGUAUUGCCUUGAUUGCCAAGGAUCUACUGAUCCAUGAAGGUUAACCCAAAGUUAUCGAUGAUGUGAAUGUGGGUUUUCCAGAACAGCCAGAGACGACAAGUUUCUAAAUCAUUUUGCAACAAACUACAGAAGAAGAAAGGAAUUUAUUAUAUAUCCUCAGAAUGGGGAAAGAAAGAGGUAAUGAAUGAAUCAAUCAAUCUAACAACUAACAGUGAGAGGUGUGUGAAGGUGGGAUUUUGUUGUUUGUUGGUUUGUAAUGUAAAAUAGUUAGUUGUAUGUAGGUGUCGGUGGUGGUGGUAACAAGUACGAAAAUGUAAUUUUUGAUUCUUUGGUAUUAUUGUAGCAGUCGUUGGUUUUGAAA